AUGGCUAGUAGCUGGAGAAGAUCGAUGCGGAACGUGAGGUCUUUCGUCGGAAACUCCAUGGGAGGUCUCCGAGGAGGACAAAAUCUCGCUUCUUGGGCCGUCGCCGGAACAAUUGCUUACUUUCUCUGGGUCAAACCAUCUCUCGAUCUCAAAAAGGAACAACAGGCUAGGGCAGCUCUCGCAGUGGCUGAUACAAAUCAAUACGUCGAGAAGAGGAAGCCAAUCGCUGAUCCUCAGGUUACUGGUUUGAUUUAUGGAAACAAGAAUAGAAACGAUAAACCACCGCAGGAUUAA